CCACGUGGAGAACGCCAGGGAGCUGUGAGAGUGUGCAGUCACGUUCCUGCUAUCUGGACACUUUUUCAUCUACUGAGACUCAGCUGUGUGAAAUAUGGGUUUUCGAAGAAAAUUAAUCUAUCGGCGUAGACCAAGAAUGUUUGUAGAAUCUUCUGAGUCCAGUGAUGAGCAACCUGAAGAAGUGGAAUCACCAACUCAAAGUCAGGAUUCUACUCAAGAGGGAGAGGAUGAGGGAGCAUCUGAAGCUCAAGGGCAGGAGCCUGAAGCUGAUAGCCAGGAACCGGUGCUGCCGAAGACCAGCUAUGAGCUUGAAGAUGGUCCUGAUGCCAAGAAGGUGUGCCUGCGAAACCCAGAGCAGAUGAAACUGCCCGCAGAAGGGCCAGAGCCUGAAGCAGAUAGCCAGGAACAGGUUGACCCGAAGACUGGGUGUGAGCGUGGAGAUGGUCCUGAUGUCCAGGAGUUGGGCCUGCCAAAUCCAGAGGAGGUGAAAACACCUGAAGAAGAUGAAGGGCAAUCACAACCUUAAAAGAAGACACGCUGAAAUGAUGCAGGAUGCUCCUGUGUUGGAAAUUUGACCAUUAAAAUUCUCCCAAUAAAGCUUUACAUCCUUCUGCAAAGAA